UUACGAAAAACAGUUCUAGAAGCAUUUGCGGUGUUUGUUUUUACAGCGAUUCUCGUAAUUUCCUCCUCAUAAAAACCUCGCUUUUCAGGUGAUUCUGGUGCAUAAUCAUUUUAGUUUUCAUGUUUCCGAUGCUGUGGUGAAGAAAUAUCCGUGAAGUUUAUACAAAUCGGAUUUUGAGUUUGACCUCUCGAGAUGGCUAGUUGGGCUAAUCGGCCUCCGAUAAAGGAUGGCAUUGCUACUGUCAACAACGGUGGUAAUCCUGCCUCAGUGAGGAAAAAAUGGAACCUUGAAGAUAAAAAAUCCUUACGCAAUUUGAAGUAUCAUUUUGCCGAGGAUGGCUGUUCGGAGGUUCAGUACACUCUUGGCAAACAGCUACUGGAAGAGAACGCUGAAACGGAACCGGCUGAAAACCACGCCCAAGGCGUUCACUGGCUGCUACGGGCAGCCCAGCAAGGUCACGAGCAGGCAAUAAUUAUGCUCAGCGAUUGCUAUCAAACUGGCCGCGGAAUCAACGAAACGAACGAGGAAGACGUACGCAGCUGUUUGGCUAUGAGCCCAGGUGAGCGUUCGGCUCGCCGUGCCGCACAGGAGCUUUUCGCUUCCCUGUCCAAUGGCGAAGAGUAUGUUACGGCUGCCCAGCUAGAAAAACGUAUGCGAGAAAUCUACAAGCUGAACAAGAAAACCCGAAGAAGUCGCCCGGAUGGAGCAGAGGCCAGUGGCAUCGAGGGCGUACCCAUCGUGGAAGGCAGUCUGGAGCAGAACGGUUCCCCAGGAGGAGUUAACCAUCGUUUGCAUCGGUCGCACUCUAACCAAUUUCAACCGGUUAAUCAUAUCUCCGAAGCCAGUCUUCUGACAGCCGCGGUCAACUAUUCCAACGGUCGACUGCCGGCCGUAAGCAAUGCGCUCACAUUAUCGGUACCGAAUCCGCAAAGCUUGGACCACGUGCCAUGUUUCCAUCGACCGUUUUUCCAUCCAAUAAUGUUCUUCUCGUUGCUGUAUCAUCGGCUACUUUCGAUGCUGGCUUCCUUCCCAGAAUCCGGCUUCCCUGGUGUUCAGCUAGCCGUGAUUCUGAUAGUUUACUCCUACUUUGCCAGCGAUGAUAACUUGUUCACGUUGGUUCCAGUCGGAGCGUAUUACCUUUCCCUUAUUGUGAUGAUUGUUUGUUCCUUCAAGAUGCUAAAAACCAAGCACGAAUUUAUCGAUUUUCGAAUGUGGUCUGGUUUGUUUCUAAGAUAUGGAGACGAACAUCUCAACACCAACGAUUCCGAGAAUCAGUACCUCCGGAACAACUUGCGACCGUAUUUGUACUUCUUCGUGGCUUUCUUCAUCAACGUAAUGCUACAGCCGAACAUCAAUGACCAGUGGCUACCGUUUUCCGAGAUUACUGUGUGCUCGUUCGUGCUUACUUUUGUAACGAUGCUGGCAUUCAUGUAUACGUCGCCGGAUCCGUUUCCCGAUUACAUGAUACUGUUCUCGUUUGGACUCAACGUUCUGGCUAAAUAUCCCUACGAAAUGGACUCGGUAGUGACGACUGGCUGGCGCUUCGUAGACCUUAAAGUACCGGCUUUUUCAACGUUUGUUAUCGGGAAUGGAAUCGAGUUCUGUUUGAACUGUCGGGCACUGCUCUAUCUAGUUAUCCCUGCAUUUCUGGGACUGAUUGCAAGGAGAAACAGCUGGCGAGGAAUCUAUCAGCACGUUAUCCCACACUGCGUAACCCUCUCUUGGUUGCAAAUUUGCAUCAUCAGUUCUCAGUCAGCUACUAUGUUCGGAUUGGUUCGCGGAGCUCUCGGUCUAUCUGGAUUGCUACUAUUUCUUCCAUUGUUCGGCAUCGUCACCCUGCUCAUACCGGUAUUCGCAACCAUCGAGUGGCUCUCGCUUACCGAUUCUACGGUGCGGGUAUGGUCUUCGGCCAGUGCAGCAACCAUUGCACUGCUCAUAUCGUGCUAUAUGGCCGCGUCGCGGAGAACCAAAAAAUACAUCACCUUUCUACAGAUUACGGCAUGUUUGGUUGCCACCGUUUUUCUUACGCUACCGUACAUGAUGUCCAACUUUGAAACAAUACAUGGAUCUGUUGCAGAUUCCGCCGCUGGACUCUACGAUUCGGAAUCGGGCCCGACGGUUGGCAAAACCAAUCCGGAAGGACAUCCGACGACUGGUCUCACGUGGGAGUCGUACUACAAAUUUUGCCAUCAGCCGGCCUGGGAUCGGUUGGGAAACAAAAUUCGCACCCAGCUGCGUUGUGCUCAUCUAGAUGGGACAGUAGUACGUUGGGAAGGUUCGGUGAAUGAUUUGGAAAUCGUUAGUCGGCGUAAUGUGCGUGCGGACUUUAUUCAGAACUAUUUGCCAAGAUUCCUAGCGGAGCGAGUCGCGUGCAUGUACGGAGAACGGAUCGAGCCGGAAUGCGGACCUGCUGAAGAUCAACAACAUUGCGAGGAGAUGAAGAAUUUCAUCGAACAGCAAACUCGAUGCCACCUGGACAAAUGGAACACCUACGAGUACGAAUUAAAAGUGCGCAUGCCAUCGGCAGGGAUACUAUCGAAACCGGCCGAAAUAGCAUUGAGAGCACAGCACGCGUUCGGCAAUUUCACACAGAGUUUGAACCACAGCGAUCGGAUAUGGUUCAUUGGGAUAUUACGUAAUUUUCUCAAACCUACGGUAACGGUUCCUGCGAGCGGCAACAAGGCGGUGGACGACGAUGAAUCCAAUUUCGAGCUUCCCCCGGAUCAAGGUGCCGUGUUUGGUAGCGGGCGGUAUGAUCGGGGUAAUAUGCGGCUCGGUCGACGAAAUCCGUUGAUCGAACUACUGUCGAUCGGGUGCAUCAAAUGCCAGAACGCCGAACUCACCACUGUACACGUAAACGAUGGACAGAAAGUCAAUGCACGGAUGCGGGAUCUGCGGCGUGGUAUCAAGUAUCUUUUGAAUGUGAUUUUCAAUCCGCUAGUGAUUUUUAAGUAAGACAGAUACAAGGUGUUUUCCAUUGUUUACCUUUUCCUUCUCGAUUUGUUCGAUUACCACAUGUAUAUAAGCGGAUCCCAGAUGUACUAUUGGCGGUAUUUCCGCACAGUCAAAUUAUUUACGAUUAGUUUUAGCAUGUUUUGCAUUAAGUUUUUUUUCAGAAAUUUAUCACGAAGUCAAAGAAAACUACUCACCGAUGGUAUCGUACUGAACUUGCUGUGAACAAAUGUUAACACAACAAUAACUGUUUAGCUAAAAUAACUUUUUUUUGUUUAUCGUGGCUGACGUCCUCUCUUCUUUCUCGCGCGUAGUAGUUCAUAAUUUUAUAUAACAAACCAUAUUUAUAGUUUAGAAUACAGAUGAAACAAUUAAAUGUAUGUUAAC